AUGAUGCGGGUAUUUGAUAAGGGCGAGUUCCACCGCACUGGGACAGAAGAGGGCAUCGCCGCCACUCAACGGCGACGAGGCGGCAUAUCUCUUAGCGUCGCCGCUCACAUGUACCGUGCGCGCGACAGUGUCCGCAGCAACGGUGACACUGGGUCUCAGUCAAGUUGGAUCCCUCUGGGGGCCUCGUGGGCGUAUCGACGGGUCUCGGUACAAAAGGGAAACGGCCUCGGUGCCCUGCUUAAAGAAGUUGACUUUCCGUGCUGCGGUGGUAUUUGA